GCUUCGCGUUCUUUGUUGGACCACCUCGCGCUCGCCGUAGUUUGUCGGUGCGCGCCGCCGCUGCUCGUCGGGACCGAAUGAAGCGGAAUGUUCGCGGUGUCCCGGCGGCGGUAGGACGGCCUCAGCAUGUCUCUGCACGGCGGGGGCGGCCGCGGCUUCUACUUCAGCACCGUGCUGGCGCUGGCGCGGUCGCUGGCGGCGCACCGCCACGCGCCCAUCGACAAGGUGCAGAAGCUGCAGUGCAUGUGCCCCGUGGACUUCAGAGGCGUCUUCCAGCUGGACGAGAGGAGGAGGGACGCCGUCAUCGCUCUGGGGGUCUUCCUGGUGGAGUCGGACCUGCAGCACAAGGACGCCAUCGUGCCCUACGUCCUCGGGCUGCUCAGAGGCCUGCCCCGAGUUCAGUGGAUUGAAGAAAGCUCCGAGCGCAAAGGAAGAGAGACGCUUCCUGUGGCAGAGAACUUCACCUUCGGCCUCGUCACGCUCCUCUCAGACGUUGCCCAGCGAGAUGAGACCUACCGAGGACAGAUCCUGGAGGCCAUCAUGGACAUCAUGCAUGUGCUGCAGGAUAUCUGCAAGAACCCAGAGGCUCACGAUAAAGAGUACCUGUGCAGGUACAUCGUGCCCACCUUGCUGGGCGUGGCCCGAGCUUUCGGCCGCUACAGCAACACCGCCGAGCCGCUGCUCUCCAAGCUGUUCCCGCGGCCGGUGGUCACCGUGCCGCCGUCGGCCGACGACAGCGACGCGCCGGACCGCCGCUCCUUCAACGACUUCCGCUCCAUCCUGUCGAGCUCGUUGCUCACGGUGUGUCAGGCGGACGCCAUGAGGCGGAAAGGCUCCAGCCAACAGGCCAGCCCAGAGAGAGUCUGUCUGACCCCCAUCUCACCUGCUGACCCCUCUGCUCAGUACUUUGAAGGCUCCUACCUCCCCGACGGCAGCGCCUUGGACCCCGACUACUACUUCUCCACCAUCAGCUCCAGCUUCUCCGUGUCGCCGCUCUUCACGGGCAGCAGCUCCGGGGAGUUCCACAUCCCUCUGGAGAUGCUCAGGACGCUGCUGCACAUGGUGGAGCAGUUUGUGUCGGAGUGGUUUUUAAAAGCUCUGGACGGAUCCCUGGCAGAGCUCCUGGAGUUGCAUCCUGGUCUUCAUCUCUACUACAAAACCUUCAGCGACCCUCUGUACGUUGCCAUCUUCAAGAUGCUCAGAGACACUCUGUACAACCUCAAAGACCUCCAGACGGACUACGUGAAGGAGGUGCACGACUUCGUGCUGGAGCAGUUCAGCAGCAGCCAGUCGGAGCUGCAGAGGAUCCUGCACGACGUGGAGUACCUGCAGAGCGAGCUGAGCCCGCUCAAGCUGCGCUGCCAGGCCAACGCCGCCUGCGUGGACCUCAUGGUGUGGGCGGUGACCGAGGAGCAGGGAGCCGAGAACCUGUGCACCAAACUGUCCGAGAAGCUGCAGUCCAAGACCUCGAGCAAGGUCAUCAUCGCCCACAUGCCGCUGCUCAUCUGCUGCCUGCAGAGACCCUGUGGCGGGGAGAUAAAGAUCCAUGUGACCAACGAACAUUCUCAGUCGACUCUCAGCACUCACUCGAGUAAGAAGAGCCACUCGUCCAUGUACGAGCAGCUGAGGGACAUCUCCAUCGACAACAUCUGCAGGUGCCUGAAGGCCGGCCUGACGAUGGACAACGUCAUCGUGGAAGCGUUCCUCGCCAGUCUGUCCAACCGCCUCUACAUCUACCAGGAGAACGACAAGGACGCUCACCUGAUCCCAGAUCACACCAUCAGGGCCCUGGGUCACAUCGCCGUGGCCUUGAGGGACACCCCCAGGGUGAUGGAGCCCAUCCUGCAGAUCCUGCAGCAGAAGUUCUGCCAGCCUCCGUCCCAGCUGGACGUGCUCAUCAUCGACCAGCUGGGCUGCAUGGUCAUCACGGGCAACCAAUACAUCUACCAGGAGGUGUGGAACUUGUUCCAGCAGAUCAGCGUGAAAGCCAGCUCCAUGGUCUACUCCAACAAAGACUACAAGGACCACGGGUACCGGCACUGCUCCCUGGCCGUCAUCAACGCUCUGGGCAACAUAGCAGCGAACCUCCAGGCCGAGCAGAUGGUGGACGAGCUGCUGGUCAACCUGCUGGAGCUGUUCGUCCAGCUGGGGCUGGAGGGGAAGAGAGCCAGUGAGAGAGCCCCGGACAAGGGCCCGGCUCUCAAGGCGUCGAGCAGCGCCGGAAACCUCGGCGUGCUCGUCCCGGUCAUCGCGGUGCUGACCAAGAGGUUGCCACCGAUCAAGGAGGCGAAGCCUCGCCUGCAGAAGCUCUUCAGGGACUUCUGGCUCUACUCUGUGGUGAUGGGCUUCGCUGUGGAGGGCUCAGGCCUGUGGCCAGAGGAGUGGUACGAGGGCGUCUGUGAGAUCGCCACCAAGUCUCCGCUGCUCACGUUCCCCAGCGGGGAGCCGCUGCGCUCGGAGCUGCAGUACAACUCGGCGCUGAAGAACGACACCGUCACCCCGGCUGAGCUGAACGAUCUGCGCGGCACCAUCAUCAACCUGCUGGACCCGCCCCCCGAGGUGGCGGCCCUCAUCAACAAGCUGGACUUCGCCAUGUCCACGUACCUGCUGUCCGUGUACCGGCUGGAGUACAUGAGUGAUGUUCCACACACGCCGAUCCAGAAGGACAAGUCAGGUAUGAUGCAGUGUGUGAUCGCCGUCAGCGACAAGGUGUUUGAGGUCUUCCUGCACAUGAUGGCUGAGAAGCCCAAAACCAAGGCCCACGAGGAGGAGCUGGAGCGCCACGCCCAGUUCCUGCUGGUCAACUUCAACCACAUCCACAAGAGGAUCCGCAGGGUGGCCGACAAGUACCUGUCCGGCCUGGCUGAAACGUUCCCUCACCUGCUGUGGAGCGGCCGUGUGCUGAGGACCAUGCUGGACAUCCUGCAGACGCUGUCGCUCUCGCUCAGCGCCGACAUUCAUAAAGACCCGCCGUACUACGACAUCCCCGACACGCCGCACAGGAUCACCGUCCCCGAUACGUACGAAGCUCGAGAGAGCAUCGUGAAGGAUUUUGCCGCCCGCUGUGGGGAGAUCCUGAAGGAGGCGAUGAAGUGGGCGCCGUCCGUCACCAAGUCCCACCUCCAGGAGUAUCUGAACAAGCAUCAGAACUGGGUGUCGGGCCUCUCCCAGCACACCGGCCUGGCCAUGGCCACCGAGAGCAUCCUGCACUUCGCCGGCUACAACCGGCAGAGCACCACCCUGGGGUCCACUCAGCUGACCGAGAGGCCCACCUGUGUGAAGAAGGACUACUCUAACUUCAUGGCCUCCCUCAACCUCAGGAACAGAUACGCCGGAGAGGUGUCGGGUAUGAUCCACUUCGCCCAGGCGGUCAAAGGUCACUCCGACCUGAGCCGGCUGUUGAUCCGGCAGAUGGGCGAGGCUCUGGACGCCGCGCAGCCCGAGGCCUUCACCGAGGCCAUGUUCAAACUGGCCGCCUUGCUCAUCAGCUCCAAAGAGUGCGACCCCCAGCUCCUGCACCACCUCUGCUGGUCUCCUCUCAAGAUGUUCACGGCUCACGGCAUGGAGACCUCCAUCGCCUGCUGGGAGUGGCUGCUGGCGGCGCGCGUCGGCGUGGAAGUGCCGUUCAUGCGAGAGAUGGCGGGCGCCUGGCAGAUGACCGUGGAGCUGAAGAUGGGCUUGUUCUCCGACGCCAAGGUGGAGGCCGACCCCCUGGCGGCGUCGGAGGAGAGCCAGCCAAUCCCCUGCCCUCCGGACGUCACGCCGCACCACAUCUGGAUCGAGUUCCUCGUCCAGCGGUUUGAGAUCGCCAAAUACUCCAGCGCCGACCAAGUGGAGAUUUUCGGCAGUUUGCUGCAGCGCUCGCUGUCGCUCCACGUGGGCGGGGCCAAGAGUGGCCUGAACCGCCACGUCGCCGCAAUCGGCCCUCGCUUCAGGCUGCUGACCCUGGGUCUGUCUCUGCUGCACUCCGACGUCCUCACCAACUCCACCAUCAGGAACGUUCUGCGGGAGAAGAUCUACUCCACGGCCUUCGACUACUUCAGCGCUCCUCUAAAGUUUCCCACCCAGGGCGACAAGUCUCUCCGCGAGGACAUCAGCAUCAUCAUCCGUUUCUACGCCAGCAUCCUGUCGGACAAGAAGUACCUGGCGGCGUGCCACCUGGUGCCCCCCGACAACCAGGACCCGUCCCUCAACAGCCUGGCGGUGAUGAACGCCACCGACCUCCGGGGCAACGCCGACUCCAGCGCUCGCUCCCAGCAGAGCAGCCAGGGCUGGAUCAACACGUACCCGCUGUCCAGCGGCAUGUCCACCGCCUCCAAGAAGUCAGGGACGUCCAAGAAGACUAACAGAGGGACGCAGCUCCACAAGUACUACAUGAAACGCAGGACUCUGCUGCUGGCCUUACUGGCCAGCGAGAUCGAGCGGCUGACCACGUGGUACAACCCGCUGUCCACCCAGGAGCUGCUCAUCGUCACGGAGCAGUCGGUGGAGACCAGCAUCGCCAACUGGAGGUCCAAGUACAUCAGCCUGACGGAGAAGCAGUGGAAGGACAACGUCAACCUGGCCUGGGGCAUCGCGCCCUACCUGGCCAUGCAGCUGCCCACCAGGUUUAAGAACGACGCCAUUGUUGCCGAAGUGACUCGGCUGGUGAGGCUGGACCCCGGAGCCGUGAGCGACGUACCGGAGGCCGUCAAGUUCCUGGUCACGUGGCACACCAUCGACGCCGACUCCCCCGAGCUGAGCCACAUCCUGUGCUGGGCUCCGGCCGACCCCCCCACCGGCCUGUCGUACUUCAGCAGCAUGUACCCUCCUCACCCGCUCACCGCGCAGUACGGCGUCAAGGUGCUGCGCUCCUUCCCCCCCGACGCCAUCUUGUUCUACAUCCCUCAGAUUGUUCAGGCGCUGCGUUAUGACAAGAUGGGCUACGUGAGGGAGUACAUCCUGUGGGCGGCCCAGAAGUCUCAGCUGCUCGCCCACCAGUUCAUCUGGAACAUGAAGACCAACAUCUUCAUGGACGAGGAGGGCCACCAGAAGGACCCCGACAUCGGGGAGCUGCUGGAGCAGAUGGUGGAGGAGAUCACGGGCUCGCUGUCGGGUCCAGCCAAAGACUUCUACCAGAGGGAGUUUGACUUCUUCAACAAGAUCACCAACGUGUCCGCCAUCCUCAAGCCGGUUCCAAAGGGAGAGGAGAGGAGGAGGGCGUGUCUUAAAGCGCUGUCGGACAUCAAAGUUCAGCCAGGCUGUUACCUGCCCAGUAACCCUGAAGCCAUCGUGCUGGACAUCGACUACAAGUCUGGGACCCCCAUGCAGAGCGCCGCCAAGGCGCCCUACCUGGCCAAGUUCAAGGUGAAGCGCUGCGGCGUGAGCGAGCUGGAGAAGGAGGGGCUCCGCUGCCCGGCCGACUCCCUGGACGACGGGGACGAGAACCCGGACGAGUCGCGCAGGAUCUGCUGGCAGGCGGCCAUCUUUAAAGUGGGAGACGACUGCAGACAGGACAUGCUCGCUCUGCAGAUCAUCGGCCUCUUCAAGAAUAUCUUCCAGCUGGUCGGCCUGGACCUGUUCGUCUUCCCCUACAGGGUGGUGGCCACGGCGCCGGGGUGCGGGGUGAUCGAGUGCAUCCCAGACUGCAAGUCCAGAGACCAGCUGGGCCGGCAGACGGACUUCGGGAUGUACGAUUACUUCCGCAACCAGUACGGCGACGAGUCCACGCUCGCCUUCCAGAAGGCGCGCUACAACUUCAUCCGCAGCAUGGCCGCCUACAGCCUGCUGCUGUUCCUGCUGCAGAUCAAAGACCGGCACAACGGCAACAUCAUGCUGGACAGCAAGGGCCACCUCAUCCACAUCGACUUCGGCUUCAUGUUCGAGAGCUCUCCUGGAGGAAACCUGGGCUGGGAGCCGGACAUCAAGCUGACCGACGAGAUGGUGAUGAUCAUGGGCGGCAAGAUGGAGGCCACGCCCUUCAAGUGGUUCAUGGAGAUGUGUGUCAGAGGCUACCUGGCAGUCCGACCCUACAUGGACGCCGUGGUUUCUCUGGUGACCCUCAUGCUGGACACUGGCCUGCCGUGCUUCAGAGGACAGACCAUCAAGCUCCUCAAAGGACGGUUUAAUCCUCAAAUGAGUGAGAAGGAAGCGGCAGCGUUCAUCAUCAAAGUCAUCCAGAGCUGUUUCCUCAGCAGCAGGAGCAAGACGUACGACAUGCUGCAGUACUACCAGAACCAAAUCCCCUACUGAGGCUCCUCCGCCUCCGCUGCUCCUCCACGGCGAGCGCCUCCACACGGACGCACUGCAGCACCUCCUUCUUUCUUUCUGUGGAUGAUGAUGUUUUAAAGGAGGCGCUCGUCGCGGCCAUUUGAUCCCCGAACGCUUUUAUUCUGCGUUUUUUCUAACGUUGCGAUGUUCUCCUGCGUUGUUAAAAGUCUUUUAAUGAACUCUCGUUACUUUGUGCGACUUUUACCAAACGAACGAGGAAUUCUAAUCGCCCUUUAAGUAUUGUUCUUCAUCGUUAUCCUUUCUCCUCACGACGCUUUUAUGCACUUUAUGGGCUCCUCUUCCCGGCGGAUCAAAACUAUCUGGAGCUCAAUCAGCCGAUCAAUAACACGCCAGUAUUUUAGUUUAGGACACGGGAUCCAUCAGCUUUAACGCAGCGCUAGUCUUUAGGUAUGUCACGUGUACUCACUAGUUUCAUGCUGAGUUAAGUGUGAAGGAACAUAAUCAUUCUCAUAAUUGUGCAUCAGCGUUUAGCUUCAACUUGUUUAUUCAGAGGUUUUUAUUAUUAUUUUUAUUCCCACUACAGAAACUUAACGACUUGUUCUGUCUUUUGUUUCCACUAUUUGAAUAAACCGGGUUUUUCUUCUUCUUUUGUAGCAUUACAUCUUUAAAAAACAGACGUUAUGUAUAUAUAUAUUUAUAUAACUUAAUAGACUCUUAACCGUCUGCAUGAAAAGAUUUUUCUCCUAAAACAAACACGGUCGCUGGAAGAAACCGCGAGAAAAAAAAAUGGAUGAAGCUCCGCCCACUCAACAUUUAAAAUGUUCUCAUUGGUUGAUUAAUAAAUACAACAAAGAUGAGACGACGUGUGCAAAUAUUAGUUGAGUCUUGUUUGAAGUUCAGAGUUUAUUAGUUCAAGGAAAUAAAAUUAAUUCAAUGUUAAAAGUGCCAAGAUCUUAAGAUUUGUUUUGUAUCGUCACCGUUAAGUUUCAGGCUGGAAAACAGGUCAAUAAAAGCAGAACCUGUGACAGCCAAUCAAAUCAGGCAGGAGGCGGGCUUUACUUAUAUUCUGAUUUAAACUGAUGCUUCACGUGUUAAAGCUGCAUUCUCUCUCCUGACCACCAGGGGGUGACUCUUUUGGUUGUAUAGAAGUCUAUGCUUCACGUGUUAAAGCUGCAUUCUCUCUCCUGACCACCAGGGGGUGACUCUUUUGGUUGUAUGGAAGUCUAUGCUUCACGUGUUAAAGCUGCAUUCUCUCUCCUGACCACCAGGGGGUGACUCUUUUGGUUGUAUAGAAGUCUAUGCUUCGUGUUAGAGCUGCAUUCCCUCUCCUAACCACAAGGGGGCGACUCCUCUGGUUGUAUAGAAGUCUAUUUUCAAAAAAUUCCACCACACACACUACAAGUAUACUUCCCUCAGUUCGUAGCUUUUAUUAAAUAGAACAAUAUUUAAAGUUCCUGUAGUGGGAAAAGUUUAAUUUUUUUCUAUUACUUGUUUUUUUACAUCCGAUUUAUUUCGACCCGUCUAAUAAUGAAGUAUCAACACGUUCCCUCUGUGUCCGAGCGCUAUGGACCUCUGGGUCGACCUACCAGAACCAACCAGGUAGAGCCAGGUAGAAAACACAACCGUAGUCAUUAAUAUGUGACAGAAACACAAACCUUAUGCAAUAUACUCGUUGACGUAUUCGUUGUGCUGUGUUUCUGUGUUUUUGUUUUUGUCGUUGCGUAAUCGAGCGUGUUUAAGUACACAGGAAUACUCGCGAGAGGAGAGUUGUUGGAGACUAAAGCCAUUUUUAAUAUAGUGGGUUUUAAAACGUGUACAAAUAUCUAAAUGUGUGUUCAGAGAUCACGUGUGACAGCUUCUGAUUUACAGAUUAAAUGUUCCAACAUCCGAA